AUGAGCACGACGUGUACGCACGUUGCCAAUUCCAGGCUCAAGCCUCCUACGCUUGCUACUCCCAUCUACAAGGACGAGUGUACUCAAUGCUUUGAUUCUCAGGCAAGAGAUUUACCGCAAGGCGUUGAUGUCUGCCUGUCUUGCUUCAAUGGAGGAUGUCUCGCCAACGAUCGAAAUCACGCUCUCUCACACUUCCUCAAGAAUCCAACACAUGCCAUCGUCCUAAACAUUCGACGUGUCAAGAAACCACGUCAGCCUGAUGCACCACCACCUCAAAAGAUGACGAGGCUAGCUAUUACUGUCGAGAACGAUGAGGACACCCAUGAACUACUGACCUCGCUGAAGUGCUAUGCUUGUGGUGGUGUGGAGAUUGAUCGAAGUGUCGGGAAUGCUGGUAUGAUCGCAGAUGCCGUCUUAGCUGCGCUCUCUGCCAGGAAACAGUCAGACAUCAAAGCUUGGGAAGAUGAAGCAAAGUCAUGCACCCAUACCGAAAAUCUCAUGCAAUUGGAUUCGAAAAAGAUGGCUGCUCAAGAUCUGGCACAUUGUGCUCUUUGUGAACUGAACAACAAUCUAUGGUUGUGUUUGGUCUGUGGAAGUUUAGGAUGUGGGCGUAAACAAUGGGAUGCUAGUGGUGUUACUGGUGGAAAUGGUCAUGCUCUUCAACACUUUCUAGAAACCGGUCAUGGUGUCGCUUGUAAAUUGGGAACUGUCACUCCAGAAGGAACCGCAGACAUAUACUGUUAUACGUGUGAUUAUGAACGUCUUGAUCCAUUACUGGGCAAACAUUUGGCCCACUUUGGUAUUGAUGUUGGAUCUCAAGAAAAGACCGAGAAGAGUAUGGCCGAGUUACAACUGGAGCAGAAUCUCAAGUUUGACUUCAGCAUGACCACUGAAGAUGGAAAGCAGAUGGAUCCAUUAUUUGGUCCAGGAUAUACUGGGCUCAAGAAUUUGGGAAACAGUUGUUACAUGGCAUCUGUCUUGCAAACGGUGUUUUCCCUUCCAACAUUUCGUAUGAGAUACUUUGAGAGUUUGAAAGACCACUCUGUUAAUUGCAGAGAAACACCAUCAACUUGUUUUCAUUGUCAAAUGGUCAAAGUCGCUGAUGGCCUGUUGAGUGGUCGGUACUCAGUUCCGAUCCAAAGUACGGAUGGUGAUGAGACCGUCACCAGAGGCCAAGAAGGAAUCACACCAGCCAUGUUCAAGCUCUAUAUCGGAAAGGAUCAUGUCGAGUUUUCAACCAUGAGGCAACAGGACGCAUAUGAAUUCUUCCAACAUCUCAUACGAGUCGUUGAACAGAAAGAACGUGUUUCUGGUCAGGAUCCUACUCCAGUCUUCAAAUUCAAGCUUGAACAACGUCUUGUGUGUACAGAUUGUGGCAAAGUCCGAUACAAGAAGGACGAUGCUACAGAAUUGGCUUUACGAGUACCAGCCAAGAAGACGCCAGUAGCUGCUACUAAAGCUGACAAUGUUGAAAUGACGGAUAAUAAGGUGGAAGAGUUCAUGCCUUCUACAUUUGAAGAUUGUUUGGCAUUGACUUUGAGUGAUGAAGCUAUGGAAUACCAAUGUCCUUCAUGUCAUCGUGGUACAUUAGCUAUGAAGUCUACCAAGAUCGCAAACUUUCCAGAAAUCCUUGUGACUCCUAUGAGUCGAUUCACCUUUGAAAAUUGGGUCUUGAAGAAACUGAAUAUACCUAUUCAAGUCCCUCUUGAACUUGAUCUUGAAGCAUAUCGAGCUCAUGGAUUACAACCUGGUGAAGAGGUCCUUCCGGAUGAACCAGAAAAAGCCAAAGAGCCUCAAUUUGAUGCUGCCACCAUGGCACAACUUCAAGGCAUGGGGUUCCCUGAUAUAAGAUGCAAACGAGCUAUACUUGCUACAGGAAAUGGUGGUGCUGAUGCAGCCAUGAAUUGGCUGUUUGAACAUAUGGAAGAUGCAGAUAUUGAUGAUCCACUUCCUGAGCAAGUCAGCAGUGGAGGUGGUGAUGGUGGAGCCUCUGCUGCCGACAUUACUUCAUUGACUGAGAUGGGCUUCUCUAUACCCAUGGCCAAGAAGGCACUCAAACAGACAAACAACAAUAUGGAACGUGCUGUCGAUUGGCUGUUCAGUCAUAUGGAUGAUACAGCUGAUGACGAAGGAGGUGCAAGUACAAGCAAUGGUCCAGCUCCUGAAGUCGUUGAUACCCGACCAGCCAAGUAUCGUCUGAUUGGAGCUAUCUCUCACAAGGGCACAUCUCCUCAUUGUGGUCAUUAUGUUGCUCAUGUUUACAAGGAUGGUCGAUGGGUGCUCUUUAAUGACGAGAAGGUAGUGCAUGCUCCACAUCCAGACUUGAGUGAAGGCUAUGUAUAUAUAUUUGAAAGGUGUUGA